AUGAAUUAUAUUCAUGUUAUAGUAGAGGAACCUUCGAAAGUUUUAUAUGAAGCUGCCGUUAACAUUGCUCAUAUUGUAAAUAGUGGAACCUUCAAUGAUUUACUUUUUGAAAUCACGAAUGAUCAAUUUUUAGAAAGGAAUAUUCAAGUUUUUGGUCGAGAAAAAAAGAGUGAUAAAUGGACAAUGUUGCAAGAUAGACUAGAUGAUUAUUUGCAAGCACUAGUUCAAUUAGAUUUUAAGAUGGUUCGAUUUUUACUUGAAUCUAAUGAGUUACAAGAAAGUAUACAACCUGAAUUACCAGAUGUGAAUGUGUUAUUAAUGAGUAAUGCCAAACAACUUUAUUUUCCUGAAAAACUAACUCGAGGAAAUAAUUCAAGUAAAGAAUGUUGGGCACAAAUUAUUCCUGAAAUUUUUAAUUUUGUUGCUAUGAUGCGAAAAUAUGCAGACCAUUUGCAAAAGUUAUCCCAACUUACUAAUAAUUCUUAUAAUUCUACUGAAUUGGUUCGUAUGCCUAGUAAAAAUUGUAGUCUUAAAACAAUUUUAGGUAGUUUAAAUAUUAAUUCUAACUAUAAAGAAUUACAAAAAAAUCUUGCUACAAAAGAUCCUUAUAGUUUUAUUGAAAUUUUUGAGUUUCUUCCAUCUCAAUGUAUUGAGCGUCAUAAAUAG